AUGAAUCCUUACCAAAUGGAAUUAGACAAUAUAACAGGGUUUAUAAUCCAAGGGUUUUCUAAUGUCCCCGAGCUUCAGAGCCCGCUUUUUGUGUUGUUCCUGAUGAUUUAUCUCAUGAUUCUUUUGGGGAACCUAACAAUCUUCACCGUGAUUUUACUGAAUUCUCACUUGCACACUCCCAUGUAUAUCUUCCUGUUGAACCUUUCAUUCAUUGACAUGUGUUUUACCUCGACCAUUCUGCCGAACCUCCUACAUGUGCUCUUCACCCAGCACAAGUACAUCUCAUUUUCGGGGUGUAUGGUUCAGAUGUAUUUUUUUGUGUCAUUGGCUUGUACCGAGUACUUUCUUUUGACAGCCAUGGCUUAUGAUCGCUAUCUGGCCAUCUGUCACCCUCUUCACUAUGUUCUUUUCAUGAGUCUAAAGAAUUGUGGUUUUUUCAUAGCUGCCGCGUGGACUGUUGGCUUCCUGGACCCUACGGGACAUGUUGUCCUCCUUGCCAAGCUGUCCUUUUGUGGAUCCCAUGUUAUUGACCAUUUCUUCUGUGAUGUUUCACCGUUACUCAAACUUUCCUGUAGCGACACAUUUAGCGCAGAACUUAUGAUCUACAUUGAAGGCGUCCUAGUGACCUUUAAUUCAUUCAUGCUCACUGUGACCUCAUAUUUCUUUAUAAUUUCCACAAUUCUAAAAAUGUCCUCCGAAGAUCGUCGGAAAGCUUUUUCUACCUGCGGCUCCCACAUGACCUGCGUUGUAAUCUUUUAUGGGACAAUUUUCUGUUUGUACGUCAGACCCACAUCAAGUUAUUCUCCAGAAAGGGACAAGUUUUUUUCCCUUUUCUAUAUCGUCUUGAUUCCAAUGCUGAAUCCCAUUAUAUACACUUUGAAGAAUAAAGAAUUUAAAAGAGCGUUUAUAAAAGUGAAAAACAGAGCAUUUUAA